AAUUACACAGUGAAACCUUGUCUUUUAAAAAUCUAAUCAAUUGAUUGCAUUAAACGAAAGCAAAAUUUCCGAACCAGUACUUCUAAUCAGAAGUCUUUGGCGAGUUCUCCCUGAGCAUGCGCAUAGGAUCGCGUUUGAUUAGGCUGUUGAGGCCCCGCCCCACGUACACCACACCCCUUCAUUUCUGUACGUUUUACUCCGGCGUCGGACUUCGGCCGGAAGUGACGUAACCGCCGGAGGUGUCGUCUGUGUGUUCUGCGACUGGAUUCACGGUGGUGCUGGGCCUGCGUCCGGAGAGCUGCCGCUAUGUCUAUCGAAAUCGAGUCUUCAGAUGUGAUCCGCCUUAUUAUGCAGUACCUGAAGGAGAACAGUUUACACCGGGCAUUGGCUACCUUACAGGAAGAAACUACUGUGUCUCUGAAUACCGUGGACAGUAUUGAAAGUUUUGUGGCGGACAUUAAUAGUGGCCAUUGGGAUACUGUUUUACAGGCUAUACAGUCACUGAAAUUGCCAGACAAAACCCUUAUUGAUCUCUAUGAACAGGUUGUUUUGGAGUUGAUAGAGCUCCGUGAAUUGGGUGCUGCCAGGUCACUUCUGAGACAGACUGACCCCAUGAUCAUGUUAAAACAGACACAGCCGGAGCGGUAUAUUCAUCUGGAGAACCUCCUGGCAAGGUCGUAUUUUGAUCCUCGUGAGGCAUACCCAGAUGGAAGUAGUAAAGAGAAAAGAAGAGCAGCAAUUGCCCAGGCCUUAGCUGGGGAAGUCAGUGUAGUGCCUCCAUCUCGUCUCAUGGCACUGCUGGGACAGGCACUGAAGUGGCAACAGCACCAGGGAUUGCUUCCUCCUGGUAUGACCAUAGAUUUGUUUCGAGGCAAAGCUGCUGUCAAAGAUGUGGAAGAAGAAAAGUUUCCUACACAGCUGAGCAGGCAUAUUAAGUUUGGUCAGAAAUCACAUGUGGAGUGUGCACGAUUUUCUCCAGAUGGUCAGUAUUUGGUUACUGGGUCUGUUGAUGGAUUCAUUGAAGUAUGGAACUUUACUACUGGAAAAAUCAGGAAGGAUCUUAAGUACCAGGCCCAGGAUAACUUCAUGAUGAUGGAUGAUGCUGUUCUCUGCAUGUGUUUCAGCAGAGAUACAGAAAUGUUAGCAACUGGUGCCCAAGAUGGAAAAAUCAAGGUCUGGAAGAUUCAGAGUGGACAGUGUUUAAGGAGAUUUGAAAGAGCACACAGUAAAGGUGUCACCUGUCUGAGCUUUUCUAAGGACAGCAGUCAGAUCCUUAGUGCUUCCUUUGACCAGACAAUUAGAAUUCAUGGUUUAAAAUCUGGGAAAACCCUGAAGGAAUUUCGUGGUCAUUCCUCCUUUGUUAAUGAAGCAACAUUUACGCAAGAUGGACAUUAUAUUAUUAGUGCAUCCUCUGAUGGCACUGUAAAGAUCUGGAAUAUGAAGACCACAGAAUGUUCAAAUACCUUUAAAUCUCUGGGCAGCACCGCAGGGACUGACAUUACUGUAAACAGUGUGAUUCUGCUUCCUAAAAACCCAGAGCACUUCGUGGUGUGCAACCGAUCGAACACAGUGGUCAUCAUGAAUAUGCAGGGGCAGAUUGUCAGAAGCUUUAGCUCUGGUAAAAGAGAAGGUGGUGACUUUGUUUGCUGUGCCCUGUCUCCCCGUGGUGAAUGGAUCUACUGCGUGGGAGAGGACUUUGUGCUCUACUGUUUCAGUACAGUCACUGGCAAGCUGGAGAGAACUUUGACAGUUCACGAAAAGGAUGUGAUUGGUAUUGCACAUCAUCCUCAUCAGAACCUCAUUGCUACCUACAGUGAAGAUGGACUCUUAAAGCUCUGGAAACCCUAAUUCAACCUUUAUUUUACAAAAAAAAAUCUGAAAGCAUGUACUUAAAUGAAGGCAUAUUGAUGUAUGUGUUAGCUUUUUUUUUUUUGGCCCAGCUUUUCUAAGCAAAGAUACUGAUUAGCCACAAGAAUAAUUUUGUGAAACUUCGUUUGGCAGUUGCCUUUCUUAAAAUACAUUUUUUUAAUGUAUUAGUUUGUCUUUUUUUGCUUUUCCAAUGCCAGGAAUAGGACCGAGGGCCUCACACACAUUAGAUAAAUGCUUACUUUGAGCUACAGGCCCAGCCCAUAGUCUGUCUGCUUCUAACGAUUAGUCAGUCACUGAAAUGUUUUCAUCCUUAUUUUUGGUACUGGGGCUCAAACUCAGGACCUUGUUUCUUACAAGGUAGGUGUGGCAUAACUGGGCUAAAUAUCCCCUUCAUCAUUCUUUCCUGGAGAAUGAAGUGCUGGUAUUUAAAAAAAAAAAAAAAUCCUUGAUUAUUUGAAAUGGUUAAAAUUUGCCUCUCAUAAAACUUGUAAAUAAGUACCCAGAAUUCAGUAGCUAUGUUCCCAUCCCCCAUCUUUCAAAUGUUAAUAAACUUUACAGCUUUCUGGAGAUUGUUUGUAAAUAAGUGCUCAUCUAGUUAAUAUAUUUAGAAACAAAUGCAGAGGUGGAGAUAAAUCAUCAUCCCUGAAUUUUAAGUCCAGCAGGAAGUUAUUUCCUGGGAUAGGACAGCUGAUGUGAAAUCAGCAAGGUAAUGCAAAGGAUCUCAUUUUACUGCCCUCACAACUGCUCAUGAUGGGCUGCACCUUCUCACAUGAUUAUUGUGUCCAUCUUCUAGAUGGAGCUAGUUGUAUGUCGGCUAUGAGAAUUCAGUUUUGGCAUCUUUUGCAAGUGGAGGAGUAUUUGGCACUCAAAAUGCGCCAUUGUUCUGAAGUAAAGCUAGAAGAGGACCUGACAUUUUUAGAAAAAGUCUUGCAAUGUACAUAUUUACCGGUUAGCUAAAGAAAAAAUUUUAAGUUGCUGGGUGUGGUGGCACAUGUCCGUGAUCCCAGCUAAACCUAGGCCCUCUUGAAUAUUCAGCCAAGUACUCUCCCAUUGAGCUGUAUUCCCAGCCAACGGUUUUCCAAAAUACUUUGCCCAUGGAUGUUUCACUUCACACUGAAGAUUGUACAGAGUACUUAUGAUGUAUGGAUACUAUACUGAGGACUAGUUCAAGGAAGUGAGAUAUUGUGUCUGUAAACACCACAAACUACAAAUGUGGCGACGGUUUAAAAAUUUUUGAAUUCUACCUUAUCUUUGAUUUUGAUUUCAAUUGUCUAAUUCUAUGCCUAUGUACUGUUGUGCUCAAUGUUGGCUGAAUUUAUUCUUUCUAGCAUCACGAAAUUCCUCGGGCUAGGGAUUUAGCUGAGUGGCACUGGGCAAGCACAAGGUCCGAGUUUGAUCCCUGGUACAAAAACCAAAAAAACUCCCUUUCUAGUUAACGUUUUCCUGGCGCUAAGAAUUGAACCUAGAACCUUGAGCUUGCUAGACAAGUGCUGUACCAAAGAAUGACACCCUUAGCCCUCCAGUCACAUGGUGUAGCUUAACUUCCAUUUUGCCACAAAACCUGCAGCCUUGUCUUUGGUAAUGUCACUUGUUGCCACUUUGAUGUUUAAGAAAUGCUAAGAGGUCUCAAACAUACUGGUAGUUUAAAAAUUCCUUUGGGUUGGUUAAAAUGUGCCUCCCAUCAUAAAACUUGUAAGUAUCCAACUCAAAAGCUGUUACUAGUUCAGAAUGUAGUCCACCAUCCCAGCUGAACCACCCACCUAGGCAAGGCUGAAAAGUAUUUCUGAUGCACCUCUUGAACUUGAACAGGCAGUUGUGAAAUGCAGUUUGUGCUUAUAAAAUUAAAAAUUCGGCACACAAUAUUUAUUCUAUUCAGGAAU